AUGCAAUGCGGCAUAAGCUCGCCAGGAGCAGACCUCGCUGGUCGUAACGAAGCAGUCAUGAACUCUACUCAGCAUGACGAGCUGGCGCAACUCUUCGCACAGAACAUGCAGCUUUCAUACCAAGCUGCAGCAGCUCAGCAACAGCAGCAGCAGCAGCAGCAGCAGCAAGAGCCUGUGCAGGUCCAACACAUCCCGCAGCUCUCAGAGAAGCAAGAAGAAGCGCCGAUAGCCUACAUAUCCACGCACUACACUCCCACCGCCCAUCUACGGCCAGAUACAACAUCUGAUGAGCCGUCCCGCAGCCCACCACCUCCCUACAACGAUGACGGUCUGCACAUGCCCGAAGCCAUGGCGCAGACCCUGCGAGACCAUUCCAUCAAUCCUUCCACCUUACUCCCCAACCAGAUCCAGCUCUUCGCUAACGCUGACUACGAGCAGAGAUUGCGAUUGUUAGAGCUAUGGAGGAUUGCGCCUCCUUCAUACCCGAUGGAACAGUUUUCGCGGGGACAGACGGGUGAGUGGGCACCUACCAGUGUGCAGCAAGAGGAGGACGAGGCCAGGAUGCGGUAUGAGCAGAACAUGCACGGUCGUGGCUUUGCAGGGCACGAGGAGCAUAUGCUAGAUACAUACAUUCCCAACGAUGCAGUACCCAUAAGUCCCAUCCGGGAGGCCGGAGAGACUGCCUGGCCUCCAGCAGCAAGGAUGAGAGCGGCGUCCAUAGCAGCAGGGAGGAAACUAGGCGGUGGUGGUGGCGGUGACGCGAAUGCAGAGCCGUAUAUGAGCAAUGGCUACCAGUCAGCUCAGUCAGUGGAUCCGGUCUAUGCGGCCGCGGCAGGGUUGUGGCAGGCUCCGAGUUAUGCGCAGGCGAUUCAGCAACAGCAACAACAACAGCAACAGGAGCAGGAGCAUCAGUAUGGGAUGUUUGAGCAGAUACGGAAUCAUGCUGAUUGGGAGGCUAUGAAUGAGAGGGUGGCGAGAGAGAAGUUGCAGGGUGUGCAGGGUGGGGGUGAGGGUUUGGAUGAGGAUAUGGAGUUGUGA